AUGAACAACUUAUUCAGGGACUUCAUAGAGAUAACAGUAGUCAUAUACCUGGACAACAUCCUUAUUUUCUCUGAAAACCCCAAGGACCACCCUGGUCAUGUAAGGGAAGUCUUGUCAAGGUUAAUGAAGAACCAGCCUUUUUGCAAACUCUCAAAAUGUCACUUCCAUGUUACCACUGUCAAUUACCUGGGAAUUGUCAUCUUCCCCAAAGGCUUCUCUACAGAUCAGAUAAAGGUAGAAGCAGUUACAUCCUGGCUGACCCCUAGAACAGUUAAAGAAGUCCAGGCAUUCUUGGGAUUUGUAAACUACCUGCAAUGCUGCAUCCCCAACUUCAGCACAGUUGCACAACCCCUACACAACUUAACCAAGAAGGACACCCCAUGGUCCUGGGACACAGCAACAGAAGAAGCCUCUCAGGAACUUGAAACCUUGGUUACAAACAGCCCAGUUUUAAUCUGCUCAAACCCCAAACUCCCCUACUACCUUGAAACAGAUGCUUCUGAAGUUGCCAUGGGAGCAAUCCUGAGCCAAAGAAGCUCCAAUGAAGCUAACUACAACCCCCACAACAAGGAACUAUUGGCAAUUAUUAAGGCACUUGAGGAAUGGUAUAUCUUCUUGGAAGCAACACACUCCCCCAUCCAAGUCUUUAUGGAUAACAGAAACUUGGAAUAUUGGAUGAAUGCAAGAAACUACAACCAAAGACACACACAAUGGCAGAUUUUCCUAAGUGAUUUUAACUUUGAGAUCCAUUACCAACUGGGUAAACAAUCAGGGAAACCAGAUGCAUUGUCAAAAAGAUUGGACUACAGGGACUUGGAACAGGAACCAGAAGUAAUACCACCUCUGGAGAUUUUUGCACUGUAUACCCCAAAGGUACAGACAGUCCAAGCCCUAAAGUCCAAGCCUUAG